UUUCAAAUCAAUCAUUUCACUUUGAACUUUGGUAGCGUUCAGUUCAGUGUUUGUAACGGCAAGCCGGCGUGAGGAUUAGUUUUGUCGAGUUAGAAUAUCUGUCGUGUUCUUAAUUGUUGAGCGCGUUUCAGUUUGUUAGAUUAUUGUGUAGUCUAGUAGAGUUCUAUCGGUUUCUGUUGACGAACGCGUGAUCAAGCAAAGAUCCCGGGACGUCACGGACUUCAUCCUUGCAGUGCGAUCGCGACUUCGGUUUCCGAAAACGACAACUUCGGCCGGUUGAUUUUUGCCCGCUAGUGUGUGCGAGACCACGCCAAACGAAACAUACGCGAAGAAAACAAAGUUAUUAAGGGAAGAACAGAAGAAAAACCGCGAUAAAAAAACCUCGCGCUCGCGACUUUGUGUAUUUUAUAGAAAAAGAGAAAGAGAGAGAGAGCGCGAAUCUCGCGAGAGAAAAUCACACAAAACGCACACAAACACAGUGACAGCAAAGUAUAACAAAGGAAAAAGCCCGACAUCGGUCCGGCUUCUCUCCGAACAUCCCUCGCGCCAGUCGCGUUCAAGUCAGUGACGAGAGUGGAGCGUUUUCCUUCCUGCAGCUACAGUUUCGGGUUCGAGUCCAGUGUGGUACGGCGCAAAGCAAAAGAGAGAAAAAAAGAGUUUUAAUCGGAGUAGUGCGUUAGUUGUGCAAGUGCAGUACGUUCGCGUGUGCGUGUGUGUUUUUGUGCGAAAAGAGAAAGAAGUGCGUUGGAAAACCGGGAAGCGUCGCGUUGCAGAAUAAAAAAGAAGCACGUGAAAAUUGGCAAAAGAGACCACGACAACGACGAGGAGCGUUAGAGGCACAAAUUAAAGAAAAAGAAAUAAAAAAGGCGGCGACCAAACCCUUCUCGGCAUCAACCGGAAGAAGCUACAUAUGCUGUAAGAGCAUCCAGCGACGCGUGAGCUAUUAGCAACGAGAAAAACGACUUCCUAGAAGUACAACCGCCCAAAAAAGAGACCAUCUUUUAAGACUCUUUGUCGCUAAAAAAAAAACAAACAUCAAAUCCAAAAUGACUGAAACCACCGAAGCCCCAGUCGUCGCCGAGGUCAAGACGCCGUCGCCCACGACGGAAGCGGUCCCGGCCACCAACGGACACGCCGAGGAAGCGCCCGCCGGCGAGAAACCGUCCGAGGAAACGAACGGAACGAGCGAGAAGGCCGCCGACGAUAAGGCCAAAGCAGAGGAGAACGCCCCGCCGGUGAAGGAGAUGCGGGCGGUCACGUUGACCGGGUUUGGCGGGUUCAAGAACGUUAAGAUCCUGAAGAAACCGGAACCGAGCCCACAGGCUGGCGAGGUGCUGAUCCGCGUCCGAGCAUGUGGUCUCAACUUCCAGGACCUGAUGGUGCGCCUGGGAGCGAUCGAUUCCCCGCCGAAGACGCCCACCAUCAUGGGCUUCGAGUGCGCCGGUGAGGUCGAAGCCGUCGGCGAGGAAGUCGAAGGAUUCAAGGUCGGAGACCGCGUGGUGGCGCUGCCCGAGUUCCGCGCCUGGUCCGAGCUGGUGGCCGUCCCCACCAAGUACGUGUACCACAUUCCGGAGGAGAUGAGCUUCCAGGACGCGGCCGCCACCGUGAUGAACUACCUGGUCGCGUACAUCCUCAUCUUCGAUUUGGUUUCGCUGCGCGAGGGCAAAUCCAUCCUGUUGCACUCGGUCGGCGGUGGAGUGGGUCAAGCCAUCGUGCAGCUGGCUCGUACCGUGCCCAAUGUGACCAUCUUCGGCGUGUGCUCCAAGUCGAAGCACGAGGCUCUGGCCGCUACCGGGCUGAUCGAUCAUUUGAUCGACCGGGCCGACUAUGUCAACGAGGUUCGCAAGAUCACGACCGAGGGCGUUGACGUCGUGCUGGACUGUCUGUGCGGUGAGGAGUGCAACCGAGGAUACGGUCUGCUGAAGCCGAUGGGCAAGUACAUCCUGUACGGAUCGUCCAACGUGGUCACCGGCGAGACCAAGAGCUUCUUCAGCGUUGCUCGUUCGUGGUGGCAGGUGGACAAAGUGUCCCCGAUCAAGCUGUUCGACGAGAACAAGAGCUUGGCCGGCUUCAACCUGCGGCAUCUGCUGUACCAGCAGGACGGUUCCGCGUACGUGACGGCCACCGUCGAGAAGAUCUUCGGGCUGUGGAAGGACGGCAAGAUCAAGCCCGUCGUGGACAGUGCCUGGGCGCUGGAGGACGUCGCCGAGGCGAUGCAGAAGAUGCACGACCGCAAGAACAUCGGCAAGCUGGUGCUGGACCCGUCGAUGGAACCGAAACCGAAGCCGGCGACCCCGGCCAAGACCAAGAACAAGAAGCAGGCCAGCGAGGACAAGAGCGGCAAGAAGGGCGGCGCCGGCUCGGACAAGGAAGACGACAAAAAGUCGGCCGAGAACGGUGAGAACGGCGAGAAGAAGGAGGGCGAAGAGGCCGCGGCCGAGGCCAAGACGAACGGAGAUGCGGCCGAGGAGGGAGCGGCAGCCGCCGUGAACGGGGACAGCGCGGAGAAGAAGGACGAACCGGCGGCGGCGGCGGCUACCAACGGAGAUGCUACCGAGAGUGAGAAAAAGGAAUCGAGUUGAACAUCUUAAGCUGACACCGGCUUUGAAAACAAGAAUCAUGCCACACCAACAACUAAAAAAAAAACAAGAACAAGAACACAGAAAUAUCCAUCAACAACACACUCACAUUCAAGACACCCACAACACUUUCCACAGUUCCAGCAAAUGGAACACAAUUCCUGAACGCGUGCUGACUGACCAACGUGCAGCUGAUUUCCUUUCCAAACAGUUUAACAUUACGAAGCUGAUUGCACAAACAAAAGUGUUUUUUCAGCAAGACAGUGAAAACUUGUGUUUGCCUCCUUACAGGAACAUGAUUUAUUGUUCCCAUCCCCCCCUAAAAAUUGGACCAACAUGCAAGCCUGAUGCUGGCUGAAACGGAAGGAAAAGUCACCCUAAGUUUUUUUUAUAUGUUUUAUUUGAUGUGAAUGCACUUGGUUUGGCCGAGAAAUUUCCAACAUUUUGCGCUGUUUGGUGAUGCUAGACGAUCUCGUUUUAAUAAAACAAUUUUUCCUCCUCAAUCGUUCCGUUACAGCAAUCAUUAUGUUGCGAAAACAUGCUAAGAUGUAAGCUAAUUAAGCGAAAUAAAAUUUAAACAAACUCACUGAACACAAACGAGCCUCAAAAAUGUUGAAGGUUUCAGGAUGCACUCACACACACAAACAAAAAUGAAAGAAACAAACAUCAGAUAGAGAUUUCAUCCCGGAUCAUCACCUUCAUUGAUAAAUAUAUAUUACAAAAAACGGUAACAGUGGACUUAGGCACAAUGGCUUUUUUUUCUAUUCUUUCAGUUCAGUUAGCGUUUAUUAGUGUUAGGGAUUAUUAAUUUAUCGACUUGAUUUGAGAAUUAUGGAGCAACAAAAAAUUUAAAAUUUUAACUAUGUGUCAUUUAAUAUUGUAAUAUUUAAAUAUAUAUGUUUAAAUCUAUGUAUAACAAAGAAAAAAGAAAUAAUUGAUUUAAAAAUAUAUAUUAGAUUCUAUAUUACGAGAAUGAUUCUUCGUUUCCUUACGGUAAAGUUUAUUUUUACAGCAAAACAACAACAACAAAAAUCAAGAAAAAGAGACCAUUUUUACUCUGUGAGAAGAGCGCGAGAGAAUGAGAGAAAUGUCAUACAUUCGAUAGAGCACAAGCAUGCAAUUUCAUUCUACUAAAGUUCAGUUAAAUUGCAACUUUCGUCUUAAGAGUUAGCGAGAACAACACUAUUGAUGAGAUGUCUUCUUUUGUAUAAAUUUUUAAAAUAUUUUUAUUUUAUAAUACAUUUCAUAAAGGAUUGAAGAAAAAUAUUAUCAAUAUAA